AUGGAGUUAAUAUACUCCAUCAAUUACAAUAAGCUUGAAUUGCUGCGAUUCAAUAGUGGUGUUGAUAAAGUAGGAGGAUACACCGACUUUGGAAUAAAAUAUGCAGAAGAUCUUAACAAUAGAACAGAGUGGUUGCACAAUCAAGCGUCUAAGGCUCUUGCGGAUUGUAGACGAUAUGGUAAUCAGUUCUUUCCUCAUCUGAAUGUAACGGUAAAGUCACAUGUUCAGCUCAGGUCAGUCAAGGAGGCCGGUGCCAGACAUCCUGCCAUGUUGAUGUGCAGUGCCACUGAUUUCUACCCCAAACUCAUCAGAGUGUACCGGUUAAAGGAUGGUAAACCAGUGACUUCUGAUGUGACAUCCUCUGAGGAGACGGCUGAUGGUGACUUGUACUUCCAGAUCCAUUCCUACCUGGAGUACAUCCCCAAAUCAGGAGAGAGGAUCUCUUGUAUGGUGGACUAUGCAAGCUUCAGAAAAAAGAAUCUCUGUUAUUGCACAUGA